AUGGCUCCGGUCGAUAGUGGCCAGCUUUUCCUCCUUGCUGGAAUUGCCAUUAUUGCCUGUUUAUGGCUUCUCGGUACAAAUCAUGCCUUACAACGGGAAUAUCCGAAGAGAAGGGACGAGCAGCUAGGAGCGAAACAGCCAUCAACCACUCGGCAACCUCUAGAGGUUCUGUACCCUGACCCCAGCGAUAAGGUCAACGGUGAGGCCGAGGUUGACAUCAUUGCUGUACAUGGUCUCGGGUCUAAUGUGGAUUGGUCUUGGACUUGGAAGAGCAAAACCCGAGAUAUCCACUGGUUAAGAGACAGGGACAUGCUUCCGAACGUUGUGCCAAAGUCAAGAAUCAUGGUAUACAACUAUGACUCGAAAUGGCAUUCGAACGCUCCACAGACCCGUCUACAGAUCUGCGGCGAAGAUUUAAUACGAAGCGUGCACAACUUCCGUAAUCAUAAUGGCAUGACGGGCCGCCCAAUUCUUUUGAUCGGUCACAGCCUGGGCGGGAAUGUCAUCCAACAUGCUCUGUUAUACGCCGAUUCGGAGGCAGAAUUCUCAUACCUGCCGAAACUCAUUGUCGGUCUUGUCUUCUUGGGCUCCCCUUUCAGGGGAUCUGCCCUGCAACCCGUGGCCUCCUUCGCAGCACGGGUCCUGUCCCUCGCUCAAUCGCAUGCAGGAAUCAUCAACGAUCUCGAAUACGACAGCCCGACCAUGACAGACAAGUUGCACAGCUUUUGCCGUCUCCGGGAGAGGAUGUUGAUACCGACGUCAUGUUUCUUCGAACUCUACGCGACGGACUACGGAAGGAAAAUCCGAAUCCCCGGGUUAAUCAAGGGAAUGGCACGUAUAUCGCAUGAGUGGAUGAACAGCGUCUAA